GGGAACGAUGGACCACGUGUCCCCCGCCGGCGUGCCUGUUCCUCCUCUGAUUCACUAUUUCAUUCCGAAACGAGUCACGGCAGGGAGUGGGCCCGCAAGAUGGCGGCGCGGUGGGGAGCAGGCGAGGAUAUUCUAACAACGUGCAAUAUGGACUUUUCCACCAUAGAAACACUAGACCAGGUGGCUGGCCUGAGCCCUGGAAAAGCCCUGGAGGCUCUUCAGAGCUGCUCAGACCCCUCCAUUCUCUCCAUCUUCGAGGACAUGCCAGCAAUAGAGGCUAAAGCACUGGACGAGGAGAGCGAGGCCACACUGCUGUCGGCGCUGACAGAAUUCCUUGACGAUGUCGAUCAUAACAACUUGUCACCAUUUGAAACGCUGCUUGACUCAGACCUGUUGUCUCAUCAGAAGUGCAAGGAGCUCUCUCCGCCCAGGAGAAUGCUGUGCGUGUCUCUUUCAUCUCAAGAGAAAGACUCAGUAUGUAGUGUAAGACCAUCAGCUGGAAAGAGCUUAUCCAGGAUGCAGGCUUGUUCUGUUCAAAGGAGUGAUGGUGAGGAGGAGGAUGGCUCCCUCACUCUGAGCCCAAACGGGCAGGAUUCAUUUCCUGACCAGCUCGAAUGGGAACGUCUUACACUCCCGCUUCCCAUCACGUUUGAGCAGGACGGUGAAGAUGGCCUCUCAGUGAGCCUCGGGGACUUUGUUACACAUAGGCACCACAACUGUAUUGCCAUAUGUGUGGAGGAUGAGGAGGGGGAGCAGAUUUUGCCUGAAGGAGGUAUAAUACUUGAAGUUGUGGACCAGGGUGAAAAUGGAGAACCCAUCCUGGCCAUCCCAAACAUGGAUUUCCCUGUGUCUGUGGAACAGAUGUCCCCAGAAAAUGAGCAGAAAAGUUUACAUGAAGCAGCAGAAGAGGCCAAUGACAGUUCAGAGCAUAUAGUUGUUGAUGACGAUGAUUUAACCACAAAUAAGACGGCCGCAGUGACACCAGGCCCAUGUCCAGGUAUGAGAAACGAAAAUUCCACGGCGAGACAGGAAGAACAGAUCAAAACAAACCGCACCUCACGGAGAAAGAAAAAGAAGAAAUGCAAAGAAAAGGAGCAGCUGCCUCAGCCUGCAGAGGAAAGAGUCCUUAGGAGUGGUACCGUAAGAAAGAUGGCACAAGAAACACUGAAAAAGCCUGCAAAAGAAAAGAAACGGGCGGCCUCAAAGGUUCUUGUUACCUCAGCACCGAGCUCCUUCCCUUCGAAAGCGAAAGAAAUGAAGCCAUUCGAAACACAAAUGCAAAAAGAAGACAAAAUGAAUGCCCAUCAGCAUGAGUUGAAUGAAAAGGCCGAGCUGCUACGGUCUUCCAAACGGGAAGCACUUCCAUCUAGUGCCACCCCUGAGAAGGGUCAGCCUAUCGGUUCAGUCGCAGCCGAGAGGGCUGAGCGUCCCUGUCCGACUCCACAACCACCCGCAGCCCCUGUUGAGGCAGAGGUUUCAUCAGCAGCUCCCUCUGCCCCCCAGCCGUCUGUAACUCCAGAGAGCUCCGCAGCUAGUCCCAGCUCGGCGACCCCUGAGCCCCCAGCCCCUGUGAGCGUGGCCCCGCCGGCCCCAGAGCCCAAGCCAAAGUCGCUCAGUCUUGAGGAGUACCGCCGGCUUCGGCAGCAGAAACGGCCGGCCCUGGUGGGCAAGCCAGACGGCAACAGCACCAAGUGGCCCAGCCUCCCCGAGCCUCCCAAAGAGCUGCCCCCUAUUCCCUGCCUGCCCGACCCCAGCCCAAAAGACCCGAGGCGUGCCAACACCCAGGCGGCGAAGAAAGAGGUGGAGAUGGCCCGGCCUGCCUGGCAGCCUCGGGGGCCAGCCGCACCCCCCACCCCAGAGGCGCUGCUGGUGCCGCCAGCCUACAUGAUUUCAUCCUCCAGUAAAGUUCCCCCCGCCGCUCUCCCCAAACCACAACACACACCUGACCCUUCAAAACAGCCCCCCCCGGCCCCCGUCUCAGAGAAGAGCAGUGACGAGGCCCCGCGCCCACACACCGGCGCUCGGCCAGCAUCAGCCGCCGGGCCUCAGAACCCUGCACCCCCGGCCUCUUUACCACCGGCUACCCUGCUCGCACCUUCCGCAAAUGGGACUCGUUCGUCCGCUCUUGGAGUGAAUAACAGAGCCGAUGCACUUCCCCAGCCCCAGUUUGGAUCCAAAGAGUCGGUUCAGCUGGCUGGAAUCUCCCCUGGAACCAUGACGGAUAGGAUCAAAACCACUGCUGCUGCUGCCGUUUCACCCAGUGUGCCUGCGGUCGCCUCUUCUGCCCCAACAAACAAGCCCGUCGCAUCUGAAAACAGGUCCUCCAGACCACCUGUCGGUGGUACCAAGCCUCUUCCUCCUGCUGCUUCCUGUUCUAAAUCCCCAUGUCCAACGAAACCUGGUGUGCUUGAAACUAAAGAGAAACCCACUACAGCUGUGAAGCCCCAAAGAGGAAAGAGUGCCACACAGGAGUUGAUUGAAGCGUUCACAACUGAAAUAGGUAUCGAGGCUGCCGAUCUGACCAGCUUACUGGAGCAGUUCGAAGAGACCCAAGCCAAAGUGGAGCAAAAUGUGCCGGAGGUCUGUGGUAGAGCAGCAGCUGUAGGAAACUCGAGUACUGUGUUGGUUCCAGAGAAAUCUAUCGUGGAGCGUGUAAGAGCUAAUGACCUCUCGAGCACUGCAGCUCUUACUCCUCCAGCCACUCCUCCCCACCAGAUGUGGAAACCUCUAGCCCCCCUGUCUCUACUUGGAAAGAGCAAGGCUACUGAGGCCACCAAGUCGAACCCCUCGAAAGUUAUCCAGAUAGAAGCGAAACCCCUCCCCUCUGUCAGGUCCCGCAGUAAAACCGCCCCCACUGAUGCCGCUGUAAGUCCCCAUCUGGCAUCCAUGGAUCACGAUUAUUGCCUUCCCAACAAAUGCCCUUCCGAUGGCGAGCAAGGCAAACGCUGGAAUGUGAAACAACAAUCUUUCAUUACAAUUAAGCCCAUCAAGCAACAAGCUCCCACCACAAAACAAACGCCCCCAACCCUCUCGGCUUCAUCUCCCCAGUCGGCUAAUCCGGUGGUUUUAACCAGAACACAAGAUACUCCUCAAGUUGAGCUCUUGGAGAAGAGGAAGUGCGAUGGGCCUGCUGACAGCUCUGUUCUGGAGACUCCAGACACGUCUCCUGCCAGGCAGGAAACUGAAUGUGCUUUAAAAGUCAGGAGCCCGAGGAGAGGGCCCUCAGAGCGCUCCUAUCGCCAACAUGCUUCUCCACGCUCACCCAGCCCCAGGUUUAGUCCCCAAGAAAGAUCCAGGGGCCGAUACAGGAAAAGAUCUCACCACUCUCCAAGCUCCAUGUCCAGCUGCUCAGAAUCAUACUCUUCAAGGUCUAGAUCUCCAGCAAAGAAGAGGUUUCGACCCCGACACUCGGGUAGCAGUUCCAGGUCCUCAUCCCGCUCCUCUUCCCGGUCCUCUCGCUCCGUGUCCCGCUCUCCUCUGAGGAGGAGGAGGAGGUUUUCCUAUUCUUCCUCCCGUUCUGGCUCCUGGAGUCAGUCCAGAUCCCGGUCCCCGUCUCCUCAAAGACGAACCCAGCGGGAUAGGAGCAGACGAUUAUGCAGUCCCUCAUAUACACAUGGUUAUGGUCAUGGUGCAGAUGUGGAAGAGAUGAAGAGGCGUAAAGAGAAAGCCAUCGAGGAGCGUCGCAUUGUUUACGUUGGCCGAAUUCGAGGAACAAUGACCCAAAAAGAACUUCGGGAGCGUUUUUCUUUAUUUGGUGAAAUUGAAGAAUGUACCCUGCACUUUAGAGACCAUGGGGAUAACUAUGGGUUUGUGACUUACUACGACACCAAGGAUGCUUUCACAGCCAUUGAGAAUGGAAGCAAGCUGCGCAAACCUGAUGAACUACCAUUUGAUCUCUGUUUUGGUGGAAGGAGACAGUUCUGCCAGACCAGCUAUUCAGACUUAGAUUCGAGUAGAGAGUACGAACCAUUGCCCACAAAAAGCAAGUUUCAUGCACUAGACUUCGACACUUUACUGAAGCAGGCUCAGCAGGGUUUGAAGAGGUAACAGGAGGCCUGCAGCAGGAAGCAGCUGACAUUUACCUCAGAGCGACACGGGUGGUUUUGCACCUGCAACCCUUUGUUUUAGUUGUUGGAUUAUUUUUUGUUUGUUUGUUUACAAAAGCUAACAACUUCUAUUGAAGUGGAAAUUUAUAAUGAAACUGGUAAAAGCUUAAAAAAAUUGAGUAAAUGGAAAAGUUUUUUUUUGUAAGUUUAUUUAAACAUACAAUUGAAUUGAAAUUGUAUGGGAAGAAUUGUUUUAAAGGGGUAACAAAUGAAUGGAAUUAAACUCCCUGGUUAUUGGGAAUGAUAAUUGGAAAAUAUAUCUACAUGUGCUACAAAGCUUAAUAAAGCAAAACAGAAACAUUCUGUUUGUCAUCCAGACUGGCUCCCUGUCAUUUGUCUGUUUUUAAAUCGGAGGUUGUGGUGUCUGUUCAUUAAAUAAGUACAUUUGCAGCUAUUCAGUUUAAGAAUGUUUGAAAUUGUAUGAAAGCUAUU